CCUCUUUCGGCUGAGCGGGAGAGAGCUUUAUCCUCUGUAGUGUUUCUUUGUUGGUUUCUCUCUAUGAAGAAUGAACUCUAAAGAGAUAGCUCUUGUCUCCGCGGCCACCAUUUUCGGCGCCGUCGCCUCUGCAAUCGCAAUUCGCUUCUUCUUCAAUCCUAAAAAGCACCUAUCUCGGAUUGUAUCGGCACCAAACGGUGUCAUUGCUGAGAAAUCUCAGUCUCAGAGUCCUUUCGAUCCCUCGAAACGCAAAGGAUAUCUGUCAUGGGAUGACUAUUUCAUGGCCAUUGCGUUUCUGUCGGCAGAGCGGUCGAAGGAUCCAAACAGGCAGGUUGGAGCUUGUCUGGUCAGCCAAAACGGAGUAAUACUUGGCAUUGGCUAUAAUGGAUUCCCAAGAGGUUGUUCGGAUGACAAGCUUCCAUGGGCAAAGAAAUCUAUGACCGGUGAUCCUUUGGAAACAAAAUAUCCUUAUGUAUGUCAUGCUGAAGUUAAUGCUAUCCUAAAUACUAACCAUGCAACUGCAGCAGGACAGAGGCUCUAUGUCACUAUGUUCCCCUGUAAUGAAUGUGCGAAGAUAAUUAUCCAGUCCGGUGUCUCAGAAGUGAUAUAUUUUGUGGAGAAGAGGUUAAAUGGCUCAGAGACUGCAUAUACUGCUUCUCACAGGCUGUUAUCAAUGGCUGGUAUUAAAGUCAGGAAACAUCAGCCUCAGAUGACCCAGAUUUUAAUUAAGUUUGAGGAGCCGUAGAAGUAAAAUUACUCAACUCUACCUACAUCUGACAUGAAAUACUGGCUGUUGUAAUUCUUAAUGCAUGUAUGGACCUUAUCCUUCAGACUUGGGAGAUCUGGUUCAGUGAUAGCAUAUACUUUUUUUAUGCUGUCAUGUUACAUUUCUGUUCCCUGUAAAAUGUUCAAUUAACAUUUUAAGAGC